AUGCAAUCUUUUAUAACUUUCGGCAGCCUACUUGUCGCAACUGCUGCUUCCUACUUUCCGGGCGGUUCCCUCUUCCCGUAUAACAAGCCUAUUGACAAGCGCACCGCACCGGCGGAAGGGAGCGAUGGGAUAUGUUACAGUUAUGUCCUUGCAGCAUCAGAUACUUGCUCCAGCCUUGCUGCAGCAUAUGACAUUACAGAGGCAAAUAUUGAGAGCUACAAUACAAACACGUGGGACUGGUAUGGUUGCAGCGACUUGUACCAGGGUGCAUUUAUCUGCUUAAGCCCUGGUGCUCCUCCUAUGCCGGUUGCACUUCCCCAAGCUACAUGUGGUCCUCAGGUGCCCGGUACAACGCGCCCGAGCGAUAUGUCUAAUCUAGCUUCUCUUAACCCUUGCCCAUCUAAUGAAUGCUGUUCAACUUGGGGUCACUGCGGCACAAUUUCUGGUUUCUGUGACACUGCUAAUUGUAUAUGGAACUGUGGAGUGAAAUCUGCUAGUAGCGCAGAUAGUUCAACAAAUAAAGCAUCCAGUACCAGCACAACCAAAAAGGAAAGCUCCACUUUAACCAGCACUACAAGCUCAACAAGUACAACCAAGAAGUCGACCAGUACAACCAAGAAGUCGACCAGUACAACCAAGAAGUCGACCAGUACAACUUCUUCGGAAACAUCGACGAAAAACUCAGAUACCACGACCUCGGCGUCGACAAAAACUGUGACAUCCACUUCAUCGGCUGCCCCUUCUACCGAGACCUGGCAGAUCGUAAUUUACGCAGAAAGCAAAUGCGAAGCGGUUGACGAGGGCUACUAUGUUGUAGUUGGAUUUAACUCCAUGGGAGGUGAAUGCCUUCGGCUUGCUGGAGGAGAUAUUGCUACCUAUAGUGAUGGCCCUGACCCGUAUUGUCGCUGGUACCCUGAUGCCGGCAAGGAACCUUUCACAAGCUGUGCAUCGGCCACGCUCACCAAGCCCAAGUCAUAUUAUAUCUAUUCUGGAGAUUGUGUUGUUUAUUCUGAUGCAGACUGCAAGGAUGAGUCGGGCUCGAUAUAUAACCCUGAUCUCGGCUGCCAGCGACCCGGUUUUAGGGCAUGGAGUCCCCAGUCGACGUUUGGGUCUAUGAUUUGUUCGUACCUUUGA